AUGAGCAAACCAACACCAUCGACCCGUCCAGGGGCGUACACAGUGCAAAAGACGGGUCAGCGACCGGCCCAAGAUGUCACCGUGGUGGUUCCCCACCAAGUUCGACCGGGCCAAGACUUUUUUGUGCAACUCGGAGAGCGUCGAGUCCGAGUCAAGUGCCCCAUGAACAGCGGACCAGGUCAAUCUCUGCGGUUAACCAUGCCCGCAGAACCCAUGUUCCAGACAUCUUAUCUUCAAAUGGCGCCCUUGACAGCGGCAGAAGGUCCCGGUGGCGGAGGAGCCGUGGCACGACAAAACUCUCAAAGCGACUCGGACAAACCGCAAGCGUACUUGGUGACGAUCCCUCCCAACGUAUAUCCGGGAAACCAAUUCAUGGUAGAUAUCAACGGUCAGCGCUUCCAGUUGACAUGUCCGCCCAAUGUGGGCCCCAAUAUGAAGGUCAAAAUUGUACCUCCCAUGCCGGCUUCGGAAAAACAAAGAACAGACGUAUCCAAACCGUACACGUGUGGCUGGGACGAUAACCGGGCAUUGGGCGACCCAGCUGCCGAAUCCAAGACGCAAAUGUUCGAAGUCGUCGUGCCGCCAGGUGUGAGUCCCAAUCAGAGUUUUGCGCUCAAGGCCAAUGGACAACGAGUAUUGGUCACCUGUCCGCCCAAUGUCCGCAGUGGACAAAAAAUUCGGUUCCAAAUUCCAGUUACACAAACCAUGGUCAAACACAUCAAAUUGGAUUACGACACCCCCGCCGAGGAUGGUUCUGCUACCAGUAGUGUUAGUAGUGCUAUGCGACAAUCCCAACAACCCAAAACGGGAUGGUCUCGAACCAUUCGAGUGGCCGACUUGAAAUUCCAAUGGGUCCGAACCGCCGACGAAACCAGCGGCGUCGCCGCGACGGCACUCGAUACCCAAGCCAUGAAUAAAUUCGAUUUUCAAAAGUCCGCAUAUUGUCGACAGCUCACAUACAUGGAAGGCAACGAUCCUCGAUUGCGCACCGGGUCGCUCCAGUGGAUCUCGGCCAAGGACGCCGUCGUCGAUAGUCGCGUCGCUCAUAAAGGACAAAUUCUGGCGCAUUAUGCGGAUUUUGCCGAAAUUCAACGGGCAUCAUCCCUCGAAGCCAAACUCAAUUGGUUCGAAGGCAAGCUCUGCCAACCACUCUUGUUGCCGUACGAAGAAGGACAUAUUAAGAUUGUUGUGCGGCGGCAAUUUCUCCUGCCCGAUUCGGUGGCAUCCAUCAUGUCGCUCAGUCGAGUGGAAUGUCGCAAAAAGUGGCGUUUGGAAUUCAUGGGAGAGAAAGGAAUGGAUGUGGGGGGCCUGACACGAGAGUGGUUCUUAUUGUUAACGGAACAACUCUUCGAUCCAGCCUUUGGAUUGUGGAAGCAUCCCCACUCGGAAGCACAGGGAACGGUCAGCAUCCAUCCCAAUUCUGCCGUCACUUGUCCCGAGGAUCAUCUAGUGUAUUUCAGAGUGCUUGGCCGUAUCUUGGGAAGAGCGCUGUUGGAUCGACAAUUGAUUCACAAGGGAGGACACAUGGCACGAUUCCUUUACAAACACCUGUUGGGAUUCCCCAUUACGUUUGAUGAUCUGCAGGAUCUAGACUACGAGUACUAUACGUCGUUGCGAAAGCUGGUCGGUAUGGGAGACCAAAUCGAAUAUGCUUGCUUGGAUUUCACUGUCACCGAAGAUCUACUUGGCGCCAAGACCUCUCUCGAUUUGGUCCCGGGUGGAGCGGACAAAGAGGUCACAGCCGAAAACGUGGGCGAGUAUCUGGAAGCAUGCUUGCGAUACCGCAUGAUGGACCGAAUCCAACCACAAUUGACCGAGUUGCUGCUCGGGUUCUUUGACGUUGUCCCCGAACCGGCACUGACAAUUUUCGAUUGCAAUGAGCUCGAGUUGGUGCUCUGUGGCUUGCCCACAAUCGACAUGGCCGAUUGGCAAAAGUUCACCGCCUACGAAGGUGUGUUUCGUAACGAAGGGCCUUCUCAUCCUGUGGUCAAAUGGUUCUGGGAAGUUGUCACACAAGACUUUGAUGCAGAGCUGCAAGCGAGAUUGCUUCAGUUCGUCACUGGAACCAGUGGGGUUCCUGCGGCAGGGUUUUCUGUCUUGCAAGGCAACGACGGCAAUGUGCGACUAUUCACCCUCCACGGAACUGACCCAACCAAGAAAGAUUCCACUCACGACUACCCAAAAUCACACACCUGUUUCAAUCGGUUAGACCUGCCUUCCUACAAGACCAAGAAAGAGUUGAGAGAGAAGUUGAAGGUUUCUGUGACGGUCGCCGCUGUUGGGUUUGACAUGGAGUAG